UCCACUCUCUCUCUCUCUCUCUCUCUACUUCCACAAUACAGAUAACCAAACUCAAGAAGGAACAGCAAAACCUUGCCCCAAAAAAAACAAGCUAUAUAGGAACUGAAAAAGACAACUUCCCUUCUUUAUCUUCUUCUUCUUCGUCACUAGUACUCCUAUUUCAAACGUUUCUUCCUCAAUGGCUGCAGAGUCCAACCCAAGCUCCUCACACAACCUGAGAAUCACGGUUGAAAGAAACCCAUCUGAGUCGCGGCUAACCGAGUUGAACAUCAAGUGCUGGCCCAAAUGGGGUUGCUCGCCAGGAAAGUACCAGCUCAAGUUUGAUGCAGAGGAAACAUGCUAUUUGGUGAGAGGGAAGGUGAAGGCAUACCCAAAAGGCUCAUCAUCUGAGUUUGUAGAGUUUGGUGCCGGAGACCUUGUGACCAUCCCAAAGGGACUUAGUUGCACUUGGGACGUCUCUGUUGCUGUGGACAAACACUACAAAUUCGAAUCAAAUUCUUCAUCAAUAUCAUCUUGAACUUCUUCUGAAUAAGUACUACUCCGAUAAUUAUUAUUA